ACCACGUCCUGUUUUCGUUGCCCGCGUUCGGAUGGUGGAUACCGCUGUGGCCGCUGCAGCUUGUUAGUGCUGUUCCUCGCCCGGCGUGCUGAGGGUUGUGCGGCCUCCUACUUUGUCCGGUUCUCCUGCGCGUGAUCCCGAAGGGCGCCGCUUUCCCGCGGCCUGCGGCAUGGGCCGGGAGUCACGCCACUAUCGGAAGCGAUCAGCAUCACGGGGACGCUCUGGAAGUCGAUCUAGAAGUCGCUCACCCUCAGACAAAAGAAGUAAACGUGGAGAUGACAGAAGGUCUAGAAGCAGGGAUAGAGAUAGAAGGAGAGAGAGGUCUCGUAGCAGGGAUAAAAGAAGAUCUCGGUCAAGAGACAGGAAGCGUCUGAGGCGUUCCAGAAGUAGAGAGAGAGAUCGAAGUCGAGAGCGAAGAAGAUCUCGAAGUCGAGACAGGAGACGUUCGAGGAGUAGAAGCCGGGGCCGGAGAUCCCGAUCCUCCAGUCCUGGCAAUAAAAGCAAGAAAGCUGAGAAUAGGUCUAGGUCCAAAGAGAAAACAGAUAGUGGGGAAAGUUCUAAAGAGAAGAAAAAAGACAAAGAUGACAAAGAGGAUGAAAAAGAAAAGGAUGCCGGUAACUUUGACCAGAAUAAGCUAGAAGAAGAAAUGAGAAAGCGAAAAGAAAGGGUAGAGAAAUGGCGGGAAGAACAACGUAAAAAGGCCAUGGAAAACAUAGGGGAACUGAAAAAGGAAAUUGAAGAGAUGAAACAAGGGAAAAAGUGGAGUUUAGAAGAUGAUGAUGAUGAUGAAGAUGAUCCUGCAGAGGCUGAAAAGGAAGGAAAUGAAAUGGAGGGUGAGGAGUUAGAUCCAUUAGAUGCUUACAUGGAAGAAGUGAAAGAGGAAGUAAAAAAGUUUAAUAUGAGAAGUGUGAAAGGUGGUGGGGGAAAUGAAAAGAAGUCUGGGCCAACAGUCACAAAAGUUGUCACUGUUGUCACAACCAAAAAAGCAGUCGUAGAUUCUGAUAAGAAGAAAGGUGAGCUAAUGGAGAAUGACCAGGAUGCCAUGGAGUAUUCUUCAGAGGAGGAAGAAGUUGAUCUUCAGACUGCCCUUACAGGUUAUCAGACAAAGCAGAGAAAGCUUCUAGAACCAGUGGAUCAUGGAAAAAUUGAAUAUGAACAAUUCAGAAAAAACUUUUAUGUUGAAGUUCCAGAACUGGCAAAAAUGUCUCAAGAGGAAGUGAAUGUAUUUCGGUUGGAAAUGGAGGGCAUUAUUGUCAAGGGAAAAGGUUGCCCCAAACCAAUUAAAUCUUGGGUUCAGUGUGGGAUUUCUAUGAAGAUCUUAAAUUCUCUCAAAAAGCAUGGUUAUGAAAAGCCUACGCCAAUCCAAACCCAGGCGAUUCCUGCUAUAAUGUCUGGACGAGAUUUGAUUGGUAUUGCCAAGACAGGAAGUGGAAAGACCAUUGCCUUUCUGUUGCCUAUGUUUAGACACAUCAUGGAUCAGAGGUCAUUAGAAGAAGGAGAGGGGCCAAUAGCUGUCAUCAUGACUCCAACUCGAGAACUGGCUUUACAAAUUACUAAAGAAUGUAAGAAGUUUUCGAAGACCUUGGGCCUUAGAGUGGUCUGUGUUUAUGGAGGAACAGGAAUCAGUGAGCAGAUUGCUGAGCUGAAAAGAGGUGCUGAAAUUAUUGUUUGCACACCUGGUCGAAUGAUUGACAUGUUAGCAGCUAACAGUGGUCGGGUUACAAAUCUUCGAAGAGUGACUUAUGUUGUUUUAGAUGAAGCAGACAGAAUGUUUGACAUGGGUUUUGAACCACAGGUCAUGCGCAUUGUGGAUAAUGUUCGUCCUGACCGACAGACAGUUAUGUUUUCAGCUACUUUCCCCAGAGCUAUGGAGGCCUUGGCUCGCAGAAUCCUGAGUAAACCCAUUGAAGUGCAGGUUGGAGGCAGAAGUGUGGUUUGCUCAGAUGUGGAGCAACAAGUGAUUGUGAUUGAAGAAGAAAAGAAAUUCUUGAAGCUACUUGAACUUCUAGGCCAUUAUCAAGAAUCAGGAUCUGUCAUUAUAUUUGUGGAUAAGCAGGAACAUGCUGAUGGUCUUCUGAAAGAUUUAAUGAGAGCUUCUUACCCUUGCAUGUCUCUUCAUGGAGGCAUUGAUCAAUAUGACAGAGAUAGCAUCAUAAAUGAUUUUAAGAAUGGGACCUGCAAACUUCUUGUUGCUACGUCUGUUGCUGCCCGAGGCCUAGAUGUGAAACAUCUGAUUCUUGUAGUAAAUUAUAGCUGCCCCAACCAUUAUGAGGAUUAUGUGCACAGAGCAGGACGGACUGGAAGAGCAGGCAACAAAGGCUUCGCCUAUACUUUCAUCACAGAAGAUCAGGCUCGGUAUGCUGGUGACAUAAUUAAAGCCCUUGAAUUGUCAGGGACUGCAGUGCCACCUGAUCUAGAGAAACUUUGGAGUGAUUUCAAAGAUCAACAGAAAGCUGAAGGGAAAAUAAUUAAAAAGAGUAGUGGGUUCUCUGGUAAGGGAUUCAAGUUUGAUGAAACAGAACAAGCUUUGGCAAAUGAGAGAAAGAAGUUACAAAAAGCUGCUCUUGGUCUUCAAGAUUCGGAUGAUGAGGAUGCUGCAGUUGAUAUUGAUGAGCAAAUUGAAAGCAUGUUUAAUUCAAAGAAGAGAGUGAAGGAUAUGGCUGCUCCUGGAACAUCUAGUGUUCCUGCUCCAACUGCAGGAAAUGCUGAGAAGUUAGAAAUUGCAAAGAGAUUGGCUCUUAGAAUCAAUGCUCAGAAGAAUUUGGGGAUUGAGUCUCAGGUAGAUGUGAUGCAGCAGGCCACCAAUGCAAUUCUUAGAGGUGGCACCAUCCUGGCUCCCACUGUCUCUGCAAAAACCAUUGCAGAGCAACUUGCUGAAAAGAUCAAUGCCAAGCUUAAUUAUGUGCCUUUGGAGAAACAAGAAGAGGAGAGACAGGAUGGUGGACAGAAUGAAUCUUUUAAGAGAUAUGAAGAAGAAUUAGAGAUCAAUGACUUCCCACAGACUGCUAGGUGGAAAGUUACCUCUAAGGAAGCUCUGCAGAGAAUCAGUGAAUAUUCUGAAGCUGCAAUUACAAUCAGAGGAACAUACUUCCCACCUGGCAAAGAACCCAAGGAAGGAGAGCGGAAAAUUUACUUGGCAAUUGAAAGUGCCAAUGAACUGGCUGUGCAGAAAGCAAAGGCAGAAAUCACCAGGCUUAUAAAAGAAGAACUGAUCCGGCUGCAAAAUUCAUACCAACCAACAAAUAAAGGAAGAUACAAAGUCUUAUAAAACAUCUGGAAAAAACUUUUUACCUGUGCUGGUCUGUGAUACAUGUGGCAGUUGUUGUCUGCAGUUUACAGUGUAUUUUAAGUUAAGAUUUUAAAAAUUCUUUCUUGCUGAUUUUUUUUUUAAAUACAAGAAACCAGUAUUUGCUAAUGAAUUUUCUUUCAGUAAGUAUCCCCAGAAUUAUCAAACUAUAUUUAAAGUUUUCAUUAAAGUGCCCUUUAAUGUAAAUCUGGAUAAUAUUCCAGAAGCGUAAGAAAAUUAAAAUAUUUGGACUUUCCAUUGAAGGAAAUAAAGUAUAUAAGUCGCUAAGGGGCUAUUCACCUUAUCUUCUUGCAAUGAAAUUGUGAUAAUCUCCUCAGAAAAGGUAAAAUUCUCUAAUUUUGUGACCACCUUGAGCUUAAAUCUUACUUGACUCAGUGGAACAAUAUGAACUAUAUUUAAGACUAUUAUAAUAGAAUUUUUACAAAAUGCAUUCAGUUUUUGUUUCAAUUUUUAUUAUCAUGUAUGGGCCAUAGUUGGACUGGUUUUUGGUUUUGUAAAAUUAAAAAUUUGUAGUAUAAGAAUGUUUUGCAUUCCUUUACACUGCUAAGAGUUUUAGUAUUUACUACUUUUAGGUUCCCCUAACAACCUCUGGCUCUGUGCCUAGCUACUAACUCUUUUCUAAUCUUCCUUAAAAGAAAGUGAUUUGUAGCCUAUAAAUAUUAAUAUGAUUGUUUUUUUCCCCUGAAA